CGACCAUCACCUGCUGAACCUGAGUUGUCAACACGCAGGACGUCCUCUCGAGAAGGGGAAUGAAAAACACCUUGUCCGACACUUUCGUCUACAGAUGGACAGAACACCCUGCCCUGCCCAUUUGAAUGUAUUCAAGGACGCCUCCCUCUUCGAUGCCUUAGCCUCCACUGCAAUCAUGGCUACCUAAGAGCAGGGGAGUACACAUGAGCUCCCUUAUUUAGGGGGCUCAGUGGUGAGGAAAAGCUCCCCGAUGCUCACUCAUCACUGGGACUAAAGUGCAGGGAAAACUGCCUGAGUGUUUUAACAAGGGAUCAGUUUCUGCAAUGUUUUGUAUCUGCGGUGUUAAUCUUUGUACCUUCUACGUGUGUUUUUUUUAAGUAAUAUCCCUUAUGGGAAUUGAAAAGUGGGAGAUAUAGUUAGAAACAGCACAGUACUUAAGUUUGUUUUUUUUUUUUUUUUUUUUUUGUGUAAGUUAGUUGUGAAGCAUUAAAAAAAAGUGGGAAUACAUUAUAUAUGCAAAUUAAAUUGAAAAUGCAUACAUAAUACAUAUCUAUGUGUUUGUGCAAAUACUGUUCAACAGUUAAACAAGUAACUCAGUGUGCCAACUCGUCGUCUUUCAUAUUCAAGGCUGUGAAUUUAACAAAUAUAUAUUUUUGCUAUAAUUUUUUAACAAAGUUCUAUGACAAGAUGGUGUAUUUUGUAUUUGACGAUAGUACAUAGAAUGUAGUUGCAGAAAAUAGUUCAUAAUCAUCAUUAUAUGAAAAGUUAUUGCCUUGGAGGACUGGCAAUCUUGUACCAAUUGGUGAAGAUUGUGACUGACCAUGGGCCGCCAUGAAGAUAAUGAAUGCACACAAGGGUGUCGGUCCCAGCAGCAUGGGGCCCAAAUCACAGCAGCAAUCAUAAGAGGCACAGAGACCCAGGCCAUUGCUUAUAUAAAGAACUUAUGUCAGCGCUGCUACUCAGUGACAGAUACUACCGGGAAGACAGCCCUCCAUACUGCAGCUUCGUGUGGCAAGAGAAAGAUUGUGAAAUGGUUGGUGUCUCUGGGUGCUCCUUUGAACCAGAGGGACUGGGAAAGUGGCUACACUCCUCUUCAUCGUGCUCUCUUCCACGGCCAUAUUGAUGCGGCGUGUACUCUGAUUCAGGCUGGCAGCAGCACCUCCACCUUAGACAAUGAUGGCCUCACACCCUUGGAUCAUGUCAGCUUUGAUCGCGCCCGCUCCAUAUCCUUCACGUCCACCCUGCCAACGCAUGUGUAUCUCUGGGGUAACAAUGCAAACUUUAAUUUGGGACAGGCCAGUCAACAUGCUCGUGGAACUCCAGAAUGUCUAGACAGCUUCCAUCGUGAAGGCCUCAAGAUUUCUAAUGUGGUACUCAAUAAGUUUCACACCUUUUUUCUUACCACAAGUGGCCGAGUUUACACUUGCGGCCAUGGGCAAGGUGGCCGGUUGGGACUGGACACCAAUUCUCCAGUUAUCACCCCACGUCCUAUCAAGGCUUUCACACACACCAACAUAACCAAAGUUGCUAGCGGAACACAUCACUCGCUCUUCUUGACAGACUCGGGUCAGGUCCUGAGUUGUGGCAGUAACUUCUACCAUCAGCUGGGUAUAAAUCCUCCUCCAGAACAUAUCUACACUCCAAAAGUGUUAACAUGGCACAAGGACCACAAGGACACAAUCAUCACGGGCAUUGAUGCAGGAAAAUAUCAUUCUGUCAUUUGGACUUCCCAUGCUCUGUACACUUUUGGUCUAAAUGCAGGCCAGUUGGGACAUAUCAGGAAUGCCAAUGAAAGCACUAUUAUCUCUCCAAGGAAUGUCACAGGCAUUGUUUUGAAAGAAGAUGGAAUUCUUACCUGUGUUGGAGCUAGUGAUGGAGCCACAGUAUUGUCAACAUCACAUGGUGCUAUUUAUGUCCUGCACCAAUAUCAGAUCCGCAAAGUUGCAUCAAAGAUGCCUAGAGUUGUGAAGGUGGCUUGUGUUGGUGGUCACCUUGAUUCUAAGGUUAGUGCUAAGGGCUUAAUAGAACAUGGAGGAGAUGACCUGAAAAUUGCAGUUCUCACAGGAGGAGGAGCUCAGCAUUUAUACUUGUGGACAGAACAGUCCUCUCACCUCUCCCGGUGUACAUUUACAAUCAAUCGGGAAAUAAGUGUUGCUGAUUUUUGUAUGAGCUCUCAAUGUCUUGGGAUUGUGACAAGUAAUGGAGAAGCCUUUUCUGGCAUAAUUUUACCUGCUCGAAUGCAGAAGGGUAGUGGAAAACCCAUAUUGCGCAAGUCUCUUUGGACCUCAGGGAAUGUAACAGAUACUUAUUAUACCACUUCUCUUAUUACUUUACGGGUCACACGAAUCCCUGGUCUACAUCGCACCUUAUCUAUCAUGUGUGAUUCCAAAGGGUUAAACUUUGCUGCCUUGCAGAAUGAACCAUGCAGCUUUCUAUCAGAUAUUCCUGAUGUGAGUCCAAGUACUCUCAGGAAUAAUUUCAGUACUUUAUUGGAAAAUGCAUGUGAAACUGAUACUAUCCAUGAUGUGGUAAUAAUUUGUGGGAAGCAGAGAUUUCCUUCUCAUUCCUACAUUCUUGCAGCACAUAGCCAUUACUUCUGCCGCAUCCUAUUUCAAGAUACAACAAAUGCAAAUUUGGGAAGCAAUCAUAAUGCCUGGAAUAUUAAAAACGAAUCAGAAUCAAGGUGCAUAACUCUUACUGAUGUCCAACCAGAAGCUUUCCGAGAAGUUUUGAAUUUCAUGUAUACUGGUUCAUGUAAGCAUGGCUCGUCCAAAAAUGUUACUGAUUCUGUAAAAAAUCUUAAUGAUAUAAAUGACAAUACUUCUGCCCUAAAUUAUUGGGACUCCUAUGGUAACUUGAACAAAAAGUCAGCUUUCUUAGGGAACCAUGAAGGUGAAGAAAUGAAAGUGACAGAAAGAUCAAAGAAAAAAAAAGGAAAAGGUACUAUGGCACCUGCAGACCUCACAAAGGGUAUUCUCUUCUUGGCAAGGAAGUUGGAAAUACCAGCACUGGAAAAGGCACUUGCAUACUAUAAAAAACUGGGUGCAACUAGUGAAGAAAUGGGCAUCAAUUUGAUUAUGCAUGAAGAUUCACACACCUAUUCCCGGGAGAGCCUGCCUGAACUUUGGGAUGUGACAGUGACUAGCAAGUCUGGAGAUGCCAUCAGAGCUCACAAAUGUGUUUUAGCAGCAAGACUAGAAUACUUCAACAUCAUGUUUGGCUCAAGAUGGAUGGAUACAACUGCAUCAGAGUCCAUAAACAUGCCUCUCCCCACCAGUAUUCUAACUAUAAUUCUGGAUUAUCUAUAUGAGGAUGAUUCACAAAAGCUGAAACAGUGCCAUGAUAUUGAAUUUCUGUGUAAUGUUUUGGUGGUGGCUGACCAAUUUCUGAUUACAAGAUUACGGGAAUUGUGUGAAAGUAUCAUUGCUGGCCUGCUAACACUGAAAAAUGCUGCAGAACUAUUAGAAUUUGCAGCAACAUACAAUGCAGUGGGACUGAAGACAACUAUAAUGCAAUUUAUAAGCCAAAACUUGGUUGCACUGCUGGAGAAUGGAACACUAUUGUCUUCAGUGAGUCAAGAAAAGCUUCAGGAGCUGAGUGAAUACUACAGAAAUCUUAAUGACUGCAUGUCAUAUCGCAUCAUGACACCUCAUGAUGUUUCCCCAGACUCUGAAGAACUACAAAGGGUAUUUGAGGAAAGUCCAUUCAUUCUUCCUGAUUCUGAUGAAGAAUUAGAUAACACAUUGCUUUUUAAAGUAAAAGAGGAAAGAUCCUCAGUGAACAGAAGUACUCCUGGAUCAGCACGGAAAAAGAAGAGGCAGCACCGUAACAGUCAGGGAGAUGGGCGCCACCGCAAGCCUUCCACCUCCUCAUCUGUUUGCUCCUCUGAUUAUGACCAAAAAGAUUUGGAUGAAGCAUUUGAGAAUAUGAGUUUUGAUGACCUGGAGGAAAGAAAGCAGUCUCCUGCAGGAGAAACCACAGAAUUGAACUGUAAAAAUGAAGGAACAAUUGAUAGGAGUGAAACUCUGUUCAAAAGCAAGGAAGAUGACAUAACACCACCAGAAUCAAGCAAUUCCUCAUGGCAGAAAGUAACCAGAAAAAAGAGCACUUCUGGCCAGUCACUGUCAGCCAAGUCUCCCGUCCAAUCUCCCAUAAAAGAACAUGCUUCUUUAGUUUUCCCUCAGUCUGUUGAAGCUGCUGCACAACAAGGUCUUCAAGAUGUGGAUACAUGCUCAAGCAUUGUCAAAGAGACGACUCCCAAAUUCCCAAGCCUUCAAGAAUCCUUAUCCACGGCACAGAAGACAUUUCUUAAUGGAAGAAGCAGCAAAAUGCCAAAGCUUUCUCAGAAACAAAGGAAGAAGUUAGUUACUGAAACUGCAAAAGCCCAGUCACCAACUGACAAAGUUAAGGUGUCUGUUUGUCCUUGGGGUCCUUCUGCACCUGCCUGGGGAACAGAAGCAAAUACAGAGGAUGCCAGUAAUGAUACCAGUAGCUUAGCUCACAUUAUGAUGGCUGAAAAAACAAAGGUAAAGAAGAACAGUGCCCCAAUUAGAAUCCAACACAAGAAAAGUGUAGGAGGAACCACUGCCCAGGAUAGAUUAAGGAAUGGUGGAACUCCUAGCAGCAGCUGCAAGGAUCAAGAAUCAACAGCUUGGUCUGCCAUCACUCCUUCCCCAACAUCUGUGAACAGCAACCAGUUCAUUCCUGAUAAUUGCCAGCCAUCCAGUGACUCUAUCAGCAGUGACUUGGUUGCUCCAAGUUUCACUCACAUAUUAAUGGAGGAAGAGACUCGCUCAGACAACUUGAUGAGGGAACUCUCAAAGCCUUUGUCAGUGAUUCAGAUUGAAGAUCGUGCAAUUGAGGAACUUUUGGCCUUCUAUGGAGCUGGUGAAUGCUUUGAAGAAAGGAUCACUGUGUCUAGGGUGAGGGGAUCUGUUGCCAAUCCUACUUGGAGCAAAUGAGUGUUACCACAGUCCUACCACACAUAAAGUUGCUCUUAUGAGACAGUGUGUUACAUAAAGAUGCUUGAUCGUUCUUUCAUGGGUCAUUAAUCCAUUAAUGCAAUAUUGCUGCAAAAUUCUUGCUCUUGACUCUAUUAUACAAUGUACAUUGUGUAUUUUCAUGUUAGCUUUAUGAUCUAGAUAAGAAAAUGAAGAAAUAUUACAUUAGUGAAAUGAACAUCAUUACCCAUGUAAGUGAAACAUAUUUAAUGAAAUGACUAAGGAUUGCAUACAGGGUGGUUUUCAAUGUGUUCAAUCAUUUGAUUAAUGUGUAAUGUUUAAGAUAUAUCAUUAAAUGUGCUGGCUUUUAGGAGUGUUGACUAAAUAAGAAGCAUCCUUUUAUUCCCAUGUUCUAUUACUCACCAAUUAUCAGUGUGAUGCUGAAACAGUACAAUUUUGCCGUUCAAUGAUUUUUUGACAGUGAGAAAUGUUAGCAUGUGUUGUGACUUUGCACAUCUAAUUAAGUUGUGUCACCCACUGCUCUUCCAAACUAAUGUCAUGUUCUUUUCUCUUUCUUUUUUUAUUUUCUUUUUUCCUUUUUUCCCCCAUUAGUUCCAAAGUAACGACAAUACUCUUACAGUGGAGAUGUAAAGUUGGUAAUGUGAUGUGCAGGAUGACUUUUGCCUUUCCAUUUAUUCUCAUGAAGCUUUCUCCUUAGCCACUUUAUCAAACUAAUGCAAGUAUUUUGUAUUAGGUUAUUUACACAUACUCAAAACUCAAACAAAGUGUAUUUCGGGUGCAUGCAUUGUUUGAUAGAAAAUACAAGUAUUUUGCUACAGCAGGAUAAGGGAAAGCCAUUUAGUGCAUCACUGACCUAACCUUUAACUUCACUGUAGAAAAUUGGGAGAGUGAUAGAGUGGUAACAUGCUAUAAUAUAUGGAGAAUAAAUG